CCCAGACGUGGGGUAUUUGAGGGACUACAUACUAGUCCGAACAGCUGCAGUCAACGAUGUGCUCACACAGUCAAAACCAGAAGCACUACCCCGAACUUAACUAUGGAUCUGGAGCGAAAUGGAUCAAGAGUUUGACCCAAAACCGACUGUCCACUUUCCUUGGGGGUCACUUCGAAAAUGUCAACCUGUCUUCGGUUCUCUACAUUCAUCACGUCGAUGACUCGAAUCACGUAGAUCUCCAAGUUUGGAGCGCACCAGGUCUUACAAAGCCCUUAUUUCGAGAGGCAAUGAAACAAGAGUUCAAACCAGCAAAGAAGGGUGAUUCAUUUGGGCCAUCUUUUGAGUUUGAUCCUGGCUGCGAAGCUAUGAUCUUCUCCACGGAUGGUGUCCCGCUCCAAGGAAUUACUGGCGGCGGCGGCGGAGAUCGCAGAGUUGAACAUAUCAUUCCGCCUCAGGCUGUUCGUGACGGCCACUAUUCUGUGGUCGUCGAGUCCAGCUGCAACGGCAUGUUUGGCGUGCCAUGGAAUGGCGACACCAUCGCACCUCCAGAUGUAAACUUACUUAGGCAUCUAAUGUGGGACUUCACGACUCUUCGCGAGAUCGUGGACACUGUCGCUGGCAACACUGCCCUUCAAAACAAGGCACUCGUUACAGCUAAUAAAAUCAUGAAUGCAUUUAAAUCUGGAGAUCCCGAGAACGUAAAGCUUAUGCGUGGAAUUGCUGAGGAUGUAUUCGGAAAAGGUUGGCACGCAAAAGGCGACAAGAUAUACAACGAAGGCCCCCCAAAGGCCCAGGUUGUCGGGAUUUCAUACUGCCAUAUCGAUACAGCAUGGUUGUGGCCUUAUUCGGUCACUCAGCAGAAGACAGCGAGGUCCUGGUCCACUCAGAUCGAUUUGAUGGAGCGCUACCCAGAACAUAGAUUUGCCUGUUCUCAAGCCCAACAAUUCAAAUGGCUUGAGGAGCAAUAUCCUACGCUUUUUGAACGUAUCAAAAAGAAAGUGGCGUCUGGCCAAUUCCAUCUCAUCGGUGGUUCGUGGGUUGAGAACGACGGAAAUAUGCCUUCAGGCGAAGCCCUCGUCCGGCAAUUCCUAUACGGUCAACGCUACUUUGAAUCACGUUUUGGAAAGCGGUGUGAGACCGCUUGGCUCCCGGACUCUUUCGGGCUCACUGCGGCCUACCCGCAGCUGAUCAGGGAUGCAGGCAUGAAGUACUUCUUCACACAGAAGUUGAGCUGGUAUGAAAGAAACGUGUUCCCACAUUCCACCUUCAAUUGGGUUGGCAUCGAUGGCUCGCAAGUACUUUGUCAUAUGACGCCCGUCGAUACUUAUACUGCACAGGCAACAGUCGGGGACGUUAACAAGGGGAUCACAAAUCAUAAGAACCUAGAGUCAAACGCUAGUGCCCUUCUGGUCUUUGGAAACGGAGACGGAGGGGGAGGAGCAUUACCCAAGAUGCUAGAGAACCUGCGUCGCAUUCGCGCGACUACCAAUGAACACAGAGAACUUCCAUCUGUUAGUAUGGGAAGUACUGUGGAGGAGUUCUUCGAGGACAUCGAGGAAGAUUCUAAGGAGGGGAAAACACUGCCAGUUUGGAAAGGGGAGUUGUACCUUGAAUUCCAUAGGGGGACAUAUACCUCGCAUGGUUCCAUCAAGAAAGGUAAUAGGAAGUGCGAGAUACUUUUGAGGGACGUGGAGCGCGUAGCUACCCUGACUUCGCUCCUCAAGCCCAAGGGACAUUCAUACGUAUAUCCGAAGCGGGCUAUUGAUGAGUGCUGGGAGAAAGUGUUACUCAAUCAGUUCUUGCCUGGAUCUGCAAUUGGUAUGGUCUAUGAUGACGCAGAUAAGUUAUACGCCGAAGUUCGCGAAGCAUGCACUGGCCUUCUCGAGGACGCAUUCAUUGCGUUUAACGCUACGUCAUUUGCGCGCCACGAUGUCAUCAAGGUUCCUUUGUCCAGAGAUGCCGCUCGCAUGAAAGCGCAAGUUAUUCAAACAUCCGCGGAUGGCAAGCACGGAUAUGCUCUAAUGCACUCGGUGGGAAACAAGGUCAUGUCACAACCUGUGGGCAUGUAUUCGGUUUGUAUGCCUGCAUCUGUGUUUACCAAUGGAACGGAUCACUUCGUCCUCAGGAACGCCAAUGUCCAGCUCACCAUCUCAGAGGGACGAAUCAGCAGCCUGAUUGACGUGAAGCUUGGUCGUGAGCUUAUUCCCAAAGGAAACUCCGGUGGAUUGGUUAUUUUCGAAGAUCGUCCUAAUUACUGGGAUGCCUGGGAUGUGGAAAUCCACCACCUCGAAACUUCUACUCCGCUUUCGUUCUCUCAAGUUCGGGUUAUCGCUGAAGGGCCCCUUAGGGCCGCUGUUCAGACACAGAUUAAGUACGGGGGAAGUACAAUUGAUGUCACGGUGCAAACGAGUACUUAUAACGGAAGCGUAGCGACGAUGAAAGGAAAUUCCCGCUCCUUUUUCAAUUUCGAUGCCGUGGUCGACUGGCGUGAGAGACACAAGUUCCUCAAAUUUGAACUACCACUUAACAUCAACAAUACGUAUGCGACUUAUGAGUCACAGUUUGGUUUCGUUCAGCGGCCGACACAUAAGAACACGACGGUGGAUGCUGCCAAGUUUGAGGUCUGCGGGCACAAGUUCGCAGAUCUUAGUGAAUAUGGAUACGGUGUUGCUUUACUCUCGGAAUCCAAGUAUGGCUUUUCAUGCGAAGGCAACGUCCUUCGUAUCUCCCUGCUCAGAGCGGCCACGGCCCCUGAUGCAGAGCAGGACCAAGGGAGGCACGAGUUCUCAUGGGCAGUCAUGCCUCACGUAGGCUCUUUCCUCGAAUCCGAUGUUCCGAUAGCUGCCUUUAUUUAUAAUUCGCCCUUGCACGUGAGAACUGUUCCUGGACAGGACGCGGGCCACGUUGCCCCAUCUCUCCCAUUCUGGCUUGAGGGCUCACCAAACAUCUUUUUGGAGACCAUCAAGAGAGGAGAAGACGACUUCGAACCGAAUGCUUCCGGCACAACCAUCAUCUUGCGUAUGUACGAAGCGUUUGGUGGACAUGGUUCUGUCAAGUUAUACAUUGGAAAAAACGUGCCUGUGAAGCGCGCGUAUGUCACGAACAUCCUGGAGGACACUAAAGGAGAACUUGGUCUAGUUUCCACGACGGGGGCGCAUAGCACGCUUAAGCUCGAAUUCAGAAGUUUCGAAGUGAAAACCGUGAAGUUGGUGCUGGAAACCAAGAAGUCUGACAUUUCAGGCAUCUCGUCUAUGACAUCUUCGAAGAGAAAUAGCUGGGUCACUGUCGACGAGGAAUUGUAAUUUUAAACUCGAAAUUGGUUGAGUUGAUCUUGUAUGUACUAAGUAUGUAUGUAGUAUCUGUAUGUACAGUACAACUGAGUGAAGUUUGUAACAGUAGGAUUACGUGUCGAUUACAACCUUUUGAUUCAACUCAUAAGUAGAUCUGGUUCCAAAUUCCAGCUCCUCAGGCAUUUUACCAGGCUCGAUGAUACCAUAUACCCCAAAGCACAAUCUGACAGCAUGGGGAUCAGCAUUUACAGAAAGUUAGAUCGAUC